ACCUUGUUGAUGGUAUUAGAAGCAUAUAGAUAUCGGUUCGUUAUCAGGAGGGACCUACACCUGUGUGAUUCAAGACAGGUGUACACACACAGGCCAUUACGCUAUGUGAAUCACAUGUACCUGUCUUUUCUCGGCUAUAUAAAACACUGAUUAUAAGAAGAAAACAUUGACCUCAGAAUGGAUCGUGUCGGUCUUAGUAUCGUGGUAUUACUGGUGGUGUUUGCCUGUGGGGUCGGGGCUCGACCCUCCCGGGGAUACGAGGAAUACAUAUGGGAACACCUUCCGGAGCUACUCGACAGACUUCAGCGCCUUGACUACGCUGACGAACCCGUUAUAAAUAGCCUGGAACCUCAUCUUGUGUCACAUUGGCCGGCUAGUGACGUCAAAAUUGGACAAGUUGGGGGUAUAGCGGUCGACCCCACCACUGGUGACCUCAUAGUUUUCCACCGAGGGGAGAGAGAAUGGGGAUAUAACUCUUUCGUUGGUGAUGAGUUUGCACCCGGCCAGCCCACCAUAAAGAAUGAUACAAUUGUUCGUCUGGACAGGACGACAGGACAGAUCUUGGACAGCUUUGGAACCGACAGGUUCUAUAUGCCCCAUGGACUGACUGUGGAUAACGCCGGUAAUCUGUGGGUGACGGACGUCGCCCUCCAUCAGGUAAUGAUGUUCCCUAAAGGUAGUCACGAGCCAUCAGACAUCGUCUUGGGUGAAGCUAUGACUCCCGGAAGUGAUGAUGACCACUUUUGCAAACCAACAGAUGUCGCUGUUGCAUCUAAUGGCGACUUCUUUGUUUCAGACGGAUAUUGCAACGGAAGAAUCAUGAAAUUUUCCAAAGAGGGACACCUUUUAACACAGUGGGGCAAAAAGUCCAGCAUAGGAAACACUGGUUUACUGAGUGAUGACGAAUUCUUCGUACCACACAGCCUCGCUUUGAUCGAGGCUAGAAACAUCAUUUGUGUGGCCGACAGAGAACAUGGCAGAAUCCAAUGCUUCUCGGCAGGCAUUAACGGAACGGAGGCGGGACACUUCGUACGGUCGUUUGAUAAUAAAGAAUUCGGAAAGGUGUUCGCUAUUGCAUAUGAUGACAAUGGUCCAGAGGAGGCCAUGUACCUUGUGAGUGGCCCAAUGCCCAACGCUUUCCUAUUCAAAAUCGACAUGAACGGUCAAAUCUUAUACAGGACAGAGCCACCGAACCGGAUGGUAGGGGGAGAUAACUUCGUGGGUUUCGGACAGCCGCAUGACAUCGCAGUGUCUCGUGAUGGCCGCGACAUCUAUACCGGGGAAAUCGUUCCAAAACGGGUUCUCAAGUUUCGACAGAUGUGAGGGGAGACAACUCAAGGAUUUACUGCACAGUAUAAUUUUGUCAAUGUUUUGAAGUAAAGCGUUGUCGUCGUGUCGAGGAAUUUUCCAUAUUUUGUGUUUAUGUAUUGGUUACAUCAUCUAAAGUAGCAGAAAACAACAGCGGAGUAAAUCACAACGGAGAAAAUCACUGCAGAGAAAAACAUUUUUAAGGCGACAAUACAGUAAUAAGAAAAUAUACCGAACUUAAAAUUUAGGAUUCCAUUUAGCAAAUAUUCCAGAGAUCAAUUAUCUCUUGUUUUGACAGUUGACAGUUUUGUGUUAUUGAUGCUCAUGUCCAGUUAUUUGAAAUAUAUUUGUUGUCAGAAAUUAUUUUUGUGCAAUGAUGAUUCAAUUUUUAAUUAAUUCAUAUAAAUUCAGAGAAAUUUUUAAUCCAUUGUAUUUCAAGGACAUUCACAUUUACAUGUGUAAUUCAUUAUCUUAAUUGCAUUUAAAAAAAAAUUCAUUGAUAUAAGUCAUGUGAAAAUAGUCAGUUCAUAAAUCGGGUGAUUUAUUAUGUUCCCAAUCAUCUUAAUAUGAAAUAUUUUAACAUUAUUGAAUGUCCGAUAUAUUAAUGUUAAUCAUUGUUGGGUUUUGUUAUAACAUUUGUGAUUCAAUAAAGACGUAAAAUGUCA